GACGUGUGAAACGAACGGCCAUUGUGUGUGGCUGCCCACCGUCGCCGCAUCAUGGACAGCACUCGUUUGGACGGCCCUCCUCCCAGUCCCACGGACGUGCCCAGCCCUGCACCCUCGAGUGUCUCGAGCCAAGCGGAGCAGGACAGCGAAUAUCAGCUCCUCUCGCCCUACCUGGUGGGUUCCCUCGAGGAAGUGGUGCUCCCCGGCUCGGUGCGAUCGUUGACCAAGGGCUGCAUGGGCGCCAUCUUCUCCUGUCGAUUGCACAAUGGCGAGCAGGCCGUGUUGAAGAGAAGCUGCACCAAGUUGAUCGUCAGCUGGGUCAACGAGACCCACGGCAGCAUCAACCAGCGCUGGCUGGUCCGUGAAGCAGCUGUGCCAGGCUACAUCAAUCUCUUCAAUGAGGCCCUGCCCGCGCGGGCCCUGGCGGUGGCGACCGAUCUCUCGGUGGAGUUGGCGCCCUUCCGCCCCAACGCGGAGCGGCAAAUGUGGCGCUUCACCGAGGAAGGCCAUUUGAUCCCCAGGUAUCGCGAGUCGCUGGCUCGAGGCCUCUCCAGUCGGAACCCCAACCAGGGCUCACGGCUCAUCCUGUCCGAGGAGCCGGGCAGGUGGACCUUGGAGAAUGCGGGCGUCUCGGGUGCGGUGCUCAUCACUUCGCCCAAGGGCCUGGUGAUCGACCUCUCGGGCGAUCAUGCCCUGGCCGAGUUACGCUACUUGGCCGCCUGGGCACAGCCUGGCCUCGUGCCUUUACGCCACGUGGUGUGUGGUCAAGAUGCCUUGGCCUCGCCUUUAGUCCUCAAGCGCCUCAGCAAGCAGCUUGGCCCUGGCACCAGCGGCCAGCUACCCGAUUGUACGCUGCGAGAUAUCCAAGAUGGGCAAAGCAGGAGGCGUACACCACGUCAGGCUGCACAGCAGCUGAUCAACGUGAGCCGCGUAUUGGCCAGCAUGCAUGCGGACGGUUACACCCACAACGACUUGCACAGCGGCAACAUCUUGCAGAACGGGUCCUAUUCCUCCUCACGCUUCAGCGUGAUCGACUUAGGCUCCACCUGUAAGGCUGAUUACUGGAAGGACGUGCUCGGCGGCGCCUAUGACGAGGACUGGUGCAUUACGCGCGACUGGCGCACCUUUGCAUCACACCUGGUGAGCCUUGUGGAUGGAGAGCCAAGAGGGCUAUGGGACUUGGUCGGUACGCAGGAUGUUUUGCCCUUUCGCCGCACUGCUUGGGCCGUGCCGCCGCACUGGUCCCCUGCGGCCCGCCCGCGCAGCACGGUGGGGCCACGCGCAAGGCGGCAGUGGUGCUGGGAUUCCAUGAGUGGACGAAUUGUCAGCCAGUACAAUGGCAUGGUCUUGCAAGCAGACAGGAAGCGCUCCUCUGUAAUUCUUGCAAAAGAUGAUCACACCGGAAAGUCAUGUCAAACAUGGAAGGUGAUGGGAAAGGUGAUUCAGAACCUGGAGACGGGGAAAUGUCUCGAGGUCGACGCUAGCGGCAAAGUCACUGCACAGAAGAUGCAUGGCCGCCGCAGUCAACAGUGGCGCUGGGAGUCUGGAGAACUCUUGCAUGCUUCCGGACAGGCCUUGGAUGUCUUUGGACGGAUCCGCCUUCCGCAAGAUGUGCAUGCCAUGAGCCGCCGCUUCGGCCGGCGCUGGGCCGAGCUCCUGGAAACCUUCUUCAGGCUUGGAUUGAUCCCGUGGAGAUCUGCCGGAAGCUAGAGGCCUUGGCGACGCACGGAGACAAGGCGCCUGCCCCGCGGCAGCUCGGAACGCGCCGGGCGCCUGCCCGUCUGGCACGUGGGAAGGCAGCGAAGACGAAGCUCGCUUCCUCCACGAGCAGGAAACGCAAAGCAUGCAGCGCAGAAACUGGUCGCUCCAAGGGGAAGAAGAUGUUGAGGACAACUUGGGCGGAGUGAGGUUGUCAGCCUGACAUGGGAGCGAAUCGAGAUCCUUUGAAAAGGAAUGAAGAUGCCAAAGACUAGUCACUGGAACUGGAAGUUCACUGCAGACUUUCAGCUGUGACGAUAUUGAAGCGUACACGUCACACGUCUCUUCAAUAUUCACCGAAUGUGUCUUCCUUGGGGUUGUUUUUUGUUGUUUUUUGUUGUUGUUUUCUGUGUUUUUUCUCCGGACACAUCGGAUGAGGAUAAUGCAAGGGGAUUUUGAGGACUGCAGAAAUUCAUUGAGUAUUGGAACACUGAAGGGCCGAAGGGCAAGUUGCAC